UGUGUUUUAAUCAAUUGACUGAAUCCGGUCCUGUCAUUUGUCAUCUGUCAAAAAAAGUGAAGUUAUAAUGGAGAAAAAUUUAGUUGAGAAUUUUCAAAAUUUAACUCAAGACGACCCUAAAUUCGGCGAAAAAUGCCAGAUUUUGGUUGAGGGCCUCGAAUCGGGUCAAAUGACACUCUUGCAACUUGUUGAGGAGUUAAGGGGGCUCCUUGUCGACACCAAUCCAAAAGGUCGUGAAUUAGGAAUGUGGGUUUUAACACGUGUUGUUGAGACUUUGCCCCCUGAUUUUUUCGAUGAAACCCAAUUGAAAUUUAUUUGUCAGUUUUACACGGACCGGCUUAAGGACAACCAUCUUGUCAUCCCACCUGUUUUGAGGGGUUUCCUGGUGUUGAUUCGCCACGAGGGGGCCCCAAAAGGAAGCGCUGGGGCUUUUCUAACCCAACUUUUCCACAACAUAUCUUGCCAACAACAACAAGAAACUGAUCGAUUCACUAUUUAUGAGAUUUUUGAGACAUGUUUGGACAAGUUUUGGCCAGAAUUGUCCGAAAUGGGGCCCGAUUUUGUUUAUGGUGUUAUUUCGGCCGUAGACGGUGAGCGAAGUCCGAAAAAUCUUAUUUUUCUCUUUGAUUGGUUUCCGAAAUUUUUGCGAAAAGUUGAAUUGGGGCAUCUCACCGAAGACGCUUUUGAAAUUCUGGCUUGUUACUUCCCUGUCGAUUUUAGGGCUCCGCCACAGGACGAAAAUAAAAUAACUCGAGAAAUCCUCGCUGAAAAACUCGGCUUUUGCCUUGUCGCCGUGCCACAAUUCACCGAAUUUUCCCUCCAACUCGCUUUAGAAAAAUUCGAUUCGUCACUCGAAAUCGCAAAAUUGGAUUCAUUGCGACUAAUUGAAUUGUUAUUUAACACUUUUGAUGUUUCACCUUUAAUGGUAUGGCCACUAAUACAAAAAGAAUUGUUUCAAAUGACCAAUCCGGUGAUAGAAAAUGCCUGUUUGAUAACAAUGACAGCUGUCAUUAAAAAUACACGUGAUCUGAUUUUGACAGAAACAAUCAAAGAUAUCUGCGAUACAAUUAAAGGCAAUUUUUUACCCGAUUCGAAAUUGUUUCAAGCCUCAGCACGAUUGUUAAUCAGUGUUGCCAAUGCAUCGGACAGUGUUGCCAAUCUUGUAGUACGCGAAACCGUCCCAAUUCUUACAAAUAUGUUUAAUAUUGCCAACACAGCGUCACAAAAAACACCAAUUUUGCAAUUAUUAACCGACUUGUAUAAAGUUAGCACCGAUUUGGAAUUUCUAGGGGAAAUACCGGUUUUACUCGUCAAGUCAACUACUGACCAUGACUUGAAUCAAGUCGCCUUCAAUUGUUUAGCAGAAGUUUCACCGAAAAUACCCGAAAAAAUCCGACAUUUACUUUACCAAAAUUACGUCAAGUUACUACAAGUGCCACAAGAGGGCGCCAUUUUAAAAUGUCUGGAAUGUCUAGCACGUGAUUACCCGAACGAAAUCGCUAUAAACUUGGUCGGUAAUACAGAAAACUGUACCGAAUGUUAUCUAGACGCAAUAUGUGUGACACUCGUAAAUCAAAAAUUUUUCACAGCCAAUCUGAUUGAUUUAAUUUUGAAAAAACGAUCCGUAAAUUUGUUGAAGAAAAUUUUGAUAAAAUUUGACAAUUGUGAGGAGAUUUUUGACGUUUUAAUUGCACGAAAUGUCACAAAUAUGUUAAUUGAGUUGGCUUUAACGAGUGACAUAUGUCAUAAAACAAUUGCAUUUAUUUUAAAAGUUGUGAUUGGUCGUAUGUCGAGCGAGAAACAAAAUGAAAUAAUUCGCAACGAAUUAAUUCGAAUUAAAAUUGAAGAUAUUUUUCUCUUGGAUGGAGUUUUGUGUUGUUUAAGACGCUACGUUUUAAUGAAUUACGAAAUUUUAAAUAAUUUAUUUGAAUUUAUAAUUAGAGAAAAUGAUAAUUUAAGAAGGGAGACAGCCAUACAACUUGUUGCAAAUAUUUUAAAUAAGUGUUCCAAAGAUCAAGUAAUUUGGGAAUUUUUGGACCGAUUUAGGGACACUAAAACCGAUCCAGUGCUCGUUUCAUGGAUCACAAAAGCCCUAAUUAUGCGCAAUCACAAAUUAGGCACAACUUGGACCAAUAAAUUAAUUAAUCAUUUCGAAGAAGAUGGAAGUAUAGCUCCUUGUUUUCGCACAAUUAUGUCCAAUUGUGAUUCUUUGAGUACAAAAAGUCGUUGUAAUGUUGCAUUUUUAUACCAACAGAAAUUUUUUAUGGUUGUUACGAAUUAUUUAAGUGAGAAUUAUAAUCCAGGAAAGAAUUCGUAUUUAUCAGGACUUGGAUAUUUACUAGAAUUUGCCCCAAAACAGGCCAUUUUGGUCCAAUUCAAAAAAAUUUCGAAAUUAAUUCUUUCGUGUCUGGAUCAAUGCACAAAUCAUGAGAUUUUAAUCGUAAUUUUGCAACUAAUUCGUGAUUUUAUUUCAACGAAAGAAUCAGUUAUUGAAGAAAAUUUGGGGAUUUUUUUGACCAGAUUUCUCAAGUUGACAACUUAUGACAAUUCGAUGAAAGUACGAAUUUUGGCGUUGCAAUGUUUGCAAGAGGUCACGUCACAAUUUCCAUUUUCAAAACUUUUACCUCAUAAAAAUGACGUUUUGAAGGUUUUAGGGAAAGUACUCGACGAUAAAAAACGGAUUGUGCGAAAGGAAGCAGUAGAAGCACGCUCUAUGUGGUUUCUGUUAGAUUUUGAUAAAUAAAUUUUGUUAAAUUACA